AUGGACCCCACCACACCCCCCGCCGACGCCGCCGCGCCCUCCAGCGACCCCUCCACCUUCCUCAGCUCGAUCAUUGGCGGCCCCAUCGUCGUCAAACUUAACAGCGGCGUAGAAUACCGCGGUGAGCUCAGCAGCGUCGAUGGAUACAUGAACAUUGCCCUCGAGCACACCGAGGAGUUUGUUGCCGGCGGUAGACUGAGGAAUCGCUAUGGCGACGUGUUCAUCCGGGGAAACAACGUGCUUUACAUUUCGCAGGGUUAG